AUGGGCUGUAGAGGACUAUGGAAUCUACACAUCCAUUGUCACCAUCCGGAUGAUAAACGGACAUUGCGAACGGGAUGGGUGCUAUCUCCAUGCCCCAGUCCGAUUCAAUCGAAUUUAGAUUACGUAUACACUAUCGACCACGAUGCAGAUGUUUUCAUAAUCUCGCUCUGGGGAGAGCCCGACGGUAUCUUGGUACCAACAGCGAUACGAGUCGACCUAACUAGAUUUCAUGAAGAGGAUUUCAGCCUCUCUAUCAACCAUCCCCUUCCACGAUCUGAGUAUUUGGUCGGAGAUAGUAUCAGCGUGGUCAACAAAUUUGAGCGAUUCUUUACAGCCUUUGUCUUCUUAUGGCGCUUCUAUAUCGAUGACCCCUUGACAUGGAGAUACACUUCUCCCGUCUUCAAAUUGCUAUGCAUAGCUCUGCUACGCCUUGCUGCCUGGGACUUUGAAUUGUGCCCCAACUUGGACUUUGGAAACGUUGAACUUCCAAUUUCCUUCUCCUCCGCUUCAUCCUGGAGCUACCCCAUGACAGACAUAUAUUGGUUCCAUAGGUAUCUUGUAGUUUUACACGAAGACAUCAGGCCCGUGAACAUGAGGAAUGAAGCUCUUAUGAAAUGCAAUAACGUCCACAUGAUCCUUAUCUCACCAUGUCAUGUUGCCUUUAUGGAACUGUCCCAUGACACCAUCUUAGCCUCCAAAAACCUACCCCUGUUGACCAGUUUAUCAGCAAAACAAUGCUCACCGGGAUUUCGUGCUCUUUCCCGGAUUCUAACAGAAACAUGGAACCAUAACCUCUCACCUGAGAUUCUCCACAAUAUUGUCCACUCACUGGACCCGCGAGAUACCGUCUCAUUUUCACAAGCUUCCUUUAUAGCCGAGCAAUGCUAUUAUGCCACAAUCCCUCAGAUGAAGAACACCGUCCUACAAAGCUUCAAAUCAUCUAUCCCAUGCUGUGGCAAACGUAGUAACUUAGAGGAGCAGGGCAUCUGUUGCUCUCAUCUUCAAAAUCGACCCUUGGACAAUCAAACCUGUACGACACUUAACCCCGGACAUCCGAUCAAAGUUGGAUGUUCUGAGCGGUUGUUUCGACUCCGACUCUCUAAGCCUUCCCAGCUGCGGCCAGGGCUACGGUUUAUGGGAAAUCUAUGGGCAGGGCCCCCUAAUCUUAUAGAUUACACAAUUCUGUUCAACGGAGCAUUUUCCGGCUUGGCUUAUGGGUUGGAAAUUAGAAGGUAG